AUGUUAAUAUCAGUUGUUAGGGUGCUUCCUACUCCAUGGCCUCCCGAAACUACUAAACCGCUGCUAUCCAAUAGAUUUCCUUCUGUCGUCAAGUUAUGCCGGAUUGCCCGCGAAAGUGAGCUAGAGCGUGCAACUGUCUGCUGUGAGCAUGACCGGUAG